CAGUGCUGGUUGAAUUACUUGUGUAAUUUGCUCACCUGCAGGAAACAUGAGGUCGCAGUAUGUCACGGCGCCCACAGUCACUCUCCUUCUGUUCCUGCUGUGGAUCCAGUCGUCAGCGGGCUGCAAUAAGGCUCUCUGUGCUAGCGAUGUCAGUAAAUGCCUCAUACAGGAGCUGUGUCAGUGCCGCCCUGGGGAGGGGAACUGUUCCUGCUGCAAGGAGUGCAUGCUCUGCCUGGGCACACUUUGGGAUGAGUGCUGUGACUGCGUUGGUAUGUGCAAUCCUCGCAAUUACAGUGACACCCCUCCAACAUCCAAGAGCACCGUCGAGGAGCUGCAUGAACCAAUUCCUUCUCUUUUCCGGGCGCUGACAGAAGGGGAUACUCAGCUGAACUGGAAUAUUGUUUCCUUCCCUGUGGCAGAAGAACUGUCGCACCACGAGAACCUCGUUUCCUUUUUAGAAACAGUGAACCAGCCACAGCAUCAGAACGUCUCUGUUCCAAGCAACAAUGUCCACGCACCUUACUCCAGUGACAAAGAACACAUGUGUACUGUGGUGUAUUUUGAUGACUGCAUGUCAAUACAUCAGUGCAAGAUCUCUUGCGAGUCCAUGGGAGCGUCCAAGUACCGAUGGUUUCACAAUGCCUGCUGUGAGUGUAUUGGGCCAGAAUGCAUCGACUAUGGCAGUAAAACUGUAAAGUGUAUGAACUGCAUGUUUUGAAGCAGGAAAAUUGUAAUAUAGCAAUACUGAGGCCAAAGUAAUCUCUCUCGGUUAGAGACUGGGAUUGCAAACACUGCGUUUUGGUGGAGUGCCUACUGGUUGCAAUUAAAUGUACCUGGCUGAAAAAAGAUGUAUAAAAUCUGAAAACUUUUUCCUUUUUUUUUUUUUUAAUUCAUGUAAGCAAGGCUAACUAGUAGAAGUUUCAACACUAUGUUUUAGGUUUAUUUUUCUUUAUUUCUGCUCGAAUGGUACAGCCAUGUUCAUCCUUGCCGUUCUGAUUGUUUUACUUUGAUUUGAAAGUAUUG